AUGUCCCCUCUCCCUGCAAAACGUCCUAUCUCACCUACGUGCCCUCCUAACAAUGCUCAACACUUUCAGGCCGACACGAAGACCAACCCCAUGCGAGAGCUCAAAAUCGAAAAGCUCGUCAUCAAUAUCUCGGUCGGUGAAUCUGGAGAUCGAUUGACCCGAGCAUCAAAAGUUUUGGAACAACUUACCGGUCAAACCCCUGUGACUUCCAAAGCUCGUUACACUGUUCGUUCAUUUGGUAUUCGAAGAAAUGAAAAGAUCGCCUGCCAUGUCACUAUCCGAGGCCCUAAAGCUGAGGAAAUCUUGGAACGUGGACUCAAAGUGAAGGAGUAUGAACUACGGAAGCGAAACUUCUCUGAGACCGGAAACUUUGGCUUCGGUAUCACUGAACACAUUGAUUUGGGUAUCAAAUACGACCCUGGAAUUGGUAUCUUUGGUAUGGACUUCUACGUUGUCAUGGGUCGACCUGGCUUCCGAGUGGCUCGACGCAAGCAUGCCACAGCCCGUGUUGGAUACAAACACAAAGUCAAAAAGGAAGACACUAUGACCUGGUUCCGAUCUCGCUUCGAUGGUAUCCUUGUUCGAUAA